AAGACGCUGUGGAAAAAGAAAUCACAAGACGAGAGUGCACAAUGCAUUUCAAAUAGAAAAAAGCUUCCUCUCUGCUGAGUGAGUCUCACUAUAUUCUGACAGAGCACAGAUAAAGCUUCAAUCAAGUAUCUCCCACCUGUCUCCAAAAGGAUAUUUUCGAGUACAGAAAGCAAGAUCCUGAUGAUAAUACACCAAGAAGAAGAAUGGAAGUAAAUUUAUUCAGCAAUUCUACUGUUGUAAACAGUUCAUCCAUCAACCAUAAGCAGUUAGAAGGGCAUAGCCUCCUGGAAGUCAUUACUAUUGCUACUGUAACAGCAAUUGUAAGCUUAAUAACCAUAGUGGGAAAUAUUCUUGUAAUGAUAUCCUUCAAGGUUAACAGCCAGCUCAAAACUGUCAACAAUUAUUACUUGCUCAGUCUCGCCUGUGCGGAUCUCAUCAUUGGAAUAUUUUCUAUGAACCUUUAUACAUCUUACAUACUCAUAGGCCACUGGUCUCUUGGAAGCCUUGCCUGCGACCUGUGGCUAGCACUGGACUAUGUAGCUAGCAACGCCUCAGUAAUGAACCUCCUAGUCAUCAGUUUUGACAGAUAUUUUUCCAUCACAAGGCCUUUAACUUACAGGGCCAAGCGCACGCCCAAAAGAGCUGGCAUCAUGAUUGGUCUGGCCUGGCUGAUUUCCUUCGUGUUGUGGGCACCCGUAAUCUUGUGCUGGCAGUAUUUUGUGGGCGAACGAACAGUACCACCUGAAGAGUGCCAGAUACAGUUUUUAUAUGAGCCCAUUAUCACCUUUGGUACUGCAAUUGCUGCUUUUUACAUUCCAGUGUCCGUGAUGACCAUCCUGUAUUGCCGCAUCUAUAAAGAGACGGAAAAACGUACCAAGGACCUUGCUGAACUGCAGGGUUCAGAGUCUGUGGCAGAAUUUGAGAUGAUAAAGCCUCAGAAAACUUUCCUGAAGUCUUGCUUCAGUUGCAAGCAGCAAAACAUAGUCAAAAGAGAGAGGUGUCAAGCUUCCUGGUCUUCAUCUAGUCGAAGUACAUCAGCUACGGUGAAAGCCUCUCAGGCAGCGAGUACUUGUAACGACUGGGCUAAGGCUGACCAGUUAACCACCUGCAGCAGCUAUGCAUCUUCAGAAGAGGAGGAUAAACUUGCCGCUGAUUCCGUUUUCCAAGUAACUUACAAAAGUCCAUCUAAAGGUAAGGCAGAAGAGUUUAAUGACAGUACGGAUGUUGUUGUCAAAGACCAACCUGAAGAAAAUGAUUUUGAGAACCAGAAAUAUUUUUUGUCACCUGCCAAAGGCCAUGUACAAAAAAGUAAAAAAUGUGUGGCCUAUAAAUUCCGGUUGGUGGUUAAGGCUGAUGGCAGCCAGGAAGCCAACAAUGGUUGCCGUAAAGUAAAAAUAACUCCUUGUUCUGCUGCUCUGUCAAAGGAUCCUUCCAUCAAAAGCAUGGAUCCAAAUAUAAAUAACCAAAUCACCAAAAGGAAACGGAUGGUUCUUAUAAAGGAACGCAAAGCAGCACAGACAUUAAGUGCCAUUCUUUUGGCUUUUAUCAUCACAUGGACUCCCUACAAUAUCAUGGUUUUGAUCUCCACAUUCUGCUCUGACUGCAUUCCCCUGACACUGUGGCACCUUGGAUAUUGGCUUUGCUAUGUGAACAGCACUGUUAACCCCAUGUGUUACGCCCUCUGUAACAAAACUUUCAGGAAAACUUUUAAGAUGCUGCUUUUCUGCCAGUGGAAAAAGAAAAAAGUGGAGGAAAAACUAUACUGGCAGGGCAAUACCAGACUGCCAUAAUUGCUCUUAUAUAAGGGAUAAGAGGCAAAAUAGAUAUUGAUGUAUCCUAGUAAACUGACUGUAAUGCUGUCUCUUGCUUUAUAUGUCUAGGGGUUAAAAAAAUCUGCAGAAAAGUAAAAUUUUGCAUGAAAGUAGUGUGCUUGGGAUAAAGAAGUCAGUGGCUGCUGUGAGCAGCACGGGAUGUUCGUGAUUUUGCAGUAGGUCUGUGCUAAAGUUAUUGUUUGGGGUCUUCUGUCCUUUCAGCAUGAGAAAGUGUAGAGGAAAUUAUAAACUACUGGAAAUUAGAGUGGGAUGGUCAUCAGGUCAGGUCAUCCAGUCUGUCUCCCUGUUUCUUCCUAUAGGUCCUUUCUUCCUUUCUAGUGUAUUGUCUAUUUCGUUUUCAAGGUACCAGGCAAUGGAGCUUGUACUACUUCUGUUUUGAGACUUUUCCACCUGCUGUUGGAAUGAAACAAGGACUAUUUAAAGGGGUAAAUGUUGCACCCAAUAAUAUAUGUUUAGGGAGAUUCAUUAUACUUCAAAUGAACACUCGUAUUAUAGGAGAAUGUAAUACUGAGAAAAUUUCCACUUUAAGGAUGACUUUUCUGGAGACAUAGGAAGGGCUCACAGUGGAGGAAAUAGGUAAUGUAUUUUGUCUAUGAAGAAGCCAGUCCUAAUCUCAGUUCCAUCAUGAAAAUCACUGUCAUCUGUAAAAAAUGGUGAUAAUGAGCAGGUACCUCUGAAUUUCUCCAUUUUUCAAUGCUUCUGUGUGCUAUAGUGACAAUGGUGCAAAUCAGAACUGACUGUAAAGCAUAAUGGACAUAGUCUAUCUACUUUACCACAUAAGGAAAAUCUUUCUUUUCCAGUCAUCUCCUCUGUUGUGCUUCCCCUUGCCCCAAAAGUUUCCAUUAAUGAUGGAAUGAUCCAGAACAAGAGAAAAAUAUGUAUUGAUGCCCUGUGCAUUUACCUAUAUGUUAUGAAAUUAUUUAAAACAGUGACAGAAUUGGCCUUUCUGAAAGAAGAAAGAUUUUUAAAGCUAUUAAGGAAACUUUGCACUUUCAUACUGCUUUUUAGCUUUAAAUAGCUUUACAAACGCUAAUCAACAUUAGGUGUUUGGAAAUACAGUUUCUCUCCAGUCACUAUCUUCUAGUCCAGCAGAACCAUAUCUGCUACAGUACUGGGGGCUGGAGUCAACUCCUCUGACAGCUGUGGCUUCUGGGACUGGGCUGUACUGGCCUAGGUACAAUGAGCUGAGACUCUGGCCACUACUUGCAGUUUCCCAGGGCUUUGGGUAUGUGGUGAGGACGUUUCUGUGGCAGGGGUGAACUGCAUGUCUGCCUGAUGUCUGUGUUGCAGGAACCCUGUGAGCUUGACUGAAUGUGUAAAGCGAAGGGUCUGCCUUCAGCAGGCGGCCAUUGGAACAGAGCUGGUGACCUGUUUCCUUGUGGUGGGAACAAACGUGAAGCCUCAGAAAAGGUCAAAAGAAAACAAAGUUAACGGCGACAGGAGUCAUAAAGAGUCAAGUCCUAAAGUAAACAAAUGUUUAUGAGUAAAUGAGGAAGAUCUCCAUGUACACAAAGUUCAGAUUCAGCUCUAGCCUUUCUAUCAAAAUUCAGGGUGAGAUACUCUGGAACAUUAAUUUGGGCCAAUCUUCAUAUUAUAUCUACUUAGAUGUGCUAGUGGGACAUUGCAGUGGUGACAUGACCCAGUUGCACAUUUCAGGGAUUGUAUUAGUCAUCCUGAAUGUACCAUUGCUCUCAGUGAAAUUGUUCAUAUAAUUUAUUAAAUUAUCAUACCAUCAAAAUGUUUCCCUACAAAUACAUAAUUCCUCCACGUCAACAGCCACAGGACAAGUAAUUAAUAUUUUUAUCCCCAAUCUCCAGAGGGUAGAAUUGUGUCAGUGAAAGAUUAGCACUGUAGUAAUGUAAAAAUAUGUUCUGUAAAUUCACAAUUGAUUUUGUAACAUACCAUACUGUGCCUAUUAUUUUUUGCACAUUAGCAUAUGAUUGCUUAUUAAAGGAAAGUAUGGGUCUUUAUAAAGACCCUUUCAUCAACUUUCCUCUGUCACUAUCCAGAGCUUUUCUUGUGUACAGUAACUAUGUACAAGUUGGUUAUUAUAGUGGGUUUAUUUUAUAUUACAUUGGAUCAGGCAUUCAGUAAACUGUGUUUGAUUUUUAGCAAAUGAACGUGUCCCUCUGUGGCACAAGCUGUAGUUAAAGGCAAAAUUUAUGAGGUAGUAACAGUUCCUGCUAGCUGCAGUGUUGUUGCUAAAGUAAAGCAUUGGCUUCUACUGAAAUUAAAUGGGACAUUUUUUGUUGGUUUUGGCUUCUGUUGAACUAGAGCGUUCUGUAAAUGUUUAUGGACUCUGUGCUCAGUAAAUGUAUUAGAAUACACGGUGAUGGAUGCAACAAUGUUGGUUCAGUGUAAUUGUGAAAUAUGUGCUCAACCUAUGCUGCUAGCACUUCACCGUGUGAGACGUUACGUGGCCAGACAUGGGUACAUUGUAAAUACCUAGAAUUAUAUAAAGUGGUCUGUGUUGGCUUUAUUGUUAAGUAGAAUGUUUAUUCUUAAAAAAAUAUCAAAAUUGCAAAAAGAAAAACGCGAUCCUCAUCAGAGAAUCAAUUAGUGCUUAAUUACAUUUUGUUUUCAAAUUAUAUUUUGUUCAUUUGAAAAGUGCUGUGGGACUUUUACAGUGUAAAACAAUCUUCUUAUCUGUAUUUCUGUCCUUUUAAUGAACCUUUUACUGAUCCUAUAAUUGGUUAUGGUCUCAGUCAUGGACUUGUGGAAAGAUCUUUUUUUGUAAAAUUACAUGUUAUUUAUACAUAAUUACAUACACAUACAUAUAUAUAGAUAUGUAUGUCUGUAUUAUCAAUAUAGAUGCAUAAAUAUACAUCCCUAACUAAGCUUUUCAGAGACACAGCAUACUUUAAUAUUUUUGAAUAUUGAAUUUUUCCACAAACUGGGGGUAUUGUUUUUGUCUCUCCCUUUUCAUACAUGCCAGCCUCCCUAUAUAUUCCAGAUCCCUGUAAAUUAUCAAGUAACAUUCAUUUUAUGUAAAUGUAAUUUAUGUUUGCAGUUACAGUUGUGCAUUUUCUGUGACUACUUAGCACAGAGCGAAGAGCUUUGCCAAGGACGGAAAGUCAAGAUAGAACAUAAAUGCAGGUAUUUCCUUUGUAGAAAAAUCCUGUUGAAUUGAGGAAGGACGAAAUCAAAGGGAUUAUAGAGAAAAUACUGUAAGAAUCUGUAAAACAUGAUAGAGCAUAUUUUGCCAUUAAUUGUAUAAUUCAAUUGCUAAUCAUGCUUAUCUUACUCAACUAUGCAUGUCAAUUAGUAACUGCUAUUAACUGUUGAAAGUUAUUUUUAUAUGCGGAUUUUUGUUCCUCAUCUCUGUUGUACCCAUAAUGAGACCUGCUCUGGGAUAUAUGGAUUUGAGGAGUUUAGAUUCAGAGACAGUGAUGCACUUCAAGGCAAAAUCCUAAAUUGUACUUCCUUAUCACCCUUUAGAUAUUGUCCCAGUUUUAGAGCUGAGUCCCCAUCUCUAAUUUAAUUAUUCUGAUCAUUCUAUAAUUCUAUUUCCCACAUAGGGCUUUUCUCUGAAGUCUUUGACAUUGCCUCCUUGUCAUAUUUGAGAGAUGACCUGAACAUGUCAAACUAACUUAACUGAUAAAUCCUCAUGCAAAUGUAACAAAGGAUAGUCACAUACCUGAAGGAAUAAAAAUGUCACUGGGAUGUGGUAAGUA